GAGGGGGGGGAGCUGCUGUAGAGGCGGGGUUGAGAGAACGCAGGGGAAACCCGGCGAGAAAGGAGAGAGAGAAGCUUGUGGCUCUACGCAAAUCCUGGCAUGACUUACACCCGAGACGCGACUACACAAGCCAGGCGCGGCUGCGUGUAGCGACAGAAUAACCGUGGUCUCGGCGCUACAAAGCGUCCCCAUGUCAGCGCCGGAGAGGCGAGGACACGGGCGGGCGGAGGAGGAGGUCCACCCGACGGCCGGGUCCGCAGCAGGAGCCUCCCCGCGCUCCCCGUAGGGAUAUGCUGCGCCAGACCCUGCGCUGCACCCUCAAGACAUGCUUCAAUCGCCUGGGCUUCUUCGUGAGCCGGCACCCGGUCUUCUUCGCCAGCGCCCCUCUCCUGCUCUCGGUCCUGCUCGGCGCCAGCCUGAGUCGCUACGAGGUGGAGGGCAGCAUGGAGUCGCUGUUCGCUCCGCAGCACAGCCUCGCCAAGCACGAGCGCCGUCUCGUCGACAGCCUCUUCCCCAUCAACGGCUCGCGGCACAUGCUGUUCACCGACCUGCACUCACCGGGCCGCUACGGCCGCCUCGUGGUGACCUCGCGGAGCGGGCGCGACGUGCUGGACGCGCCCGCCGUCGACGCGAUCCUGCGGGCGCACGCCGGCGUGCUCGGCAUGCGCGUGAGCGCCCUCGGCUUCAACUACAGCUACGCGCACAUCUGCACGCUGGACGCGUCGAGCCGCUGCCUGCAGGAUGCGCUCGUCGACGUGCUCGAGCAGAUGCGGCGCUCCAGGUCGGGCAACCGCAGCGCGGCGGGCUUCAGGCCCACGUACCCAACGACGCGCCUGGGCUCGGGCCGCGAGGUCUUCCUGGGCCACCGGCUGGGUAACGUGUCGCUCAGCGACAAGGGAGUCGUGCGCUCCUCCAAGGCGCUGCAGAUCACCUACUACCUGAGCACGCGCGACCGCGCCGACGAGCUCGUGGCCGACUCGUGGGAGGAGGCCUUCUGCAGGACUUUGGACAAGAUGCAGGAGAGCGGCGGCACCGACGCUGCCGCCGGCGGCGGCGGCCGCGGCCGCGGCGGUACGGGUGGCGGCAGUGAAGACGCCGGGCCCGACCUUCAGUUUCACGCUUUCACGUCGUCGUCCCUCAGGCAGGAUUUCCAGAUGAGCAGCGUGGCGAGCAGACCUUUCCUCAUAGCCAGCGCGGCCGCUGUCACCAUCGCCGCCGCAGUGUGCUGCUCCAUGCGAGACCCCGUGCGCACGAGGCCCUGGCUCGGCGUGCUGGGAGUGGUCACCAUUUUCCUGUCGACGCUCACCACGGCCGGCAUCAUCAACCUCACGGAGGGGAAGUACAACUCCACGCUGCUGGGCCUGCCUUUCAUCGUGAUCGGGCAUGGCAUGCACGGCAUGUUCGAGAUGCUCUCCUCCUGGCGCAAAAGCAAGGACGAGCUCGGGGUGAAGGAGCGCCUGGCGCUGGUGUACACGGACACCAUGGUCUCCUUCACGCUCACCAGCGCCAUGUACCUGGUCACCUUCGGCCUGGGCGCGAGCCCCUUCACCAACCUGGGUGCCGUCAAGGUGUUCUGCCGCAGCACGUGCGUGGCCAUCCUCUUCAACUACCUCUACCUGCUGUCCUUCUUCGGCUCGUGCCUCGUGUUCGCCGGCUACGUGGAGGCCCGCGGGCGGCACGGCGCGCUCUGCUGCGUCGCCGUCCCCACGCCGCCGCCGCAGCCGCCGCCGCCGGGCUGCUGCCGCGUGACGCAGCGGUCGCACCGCGAUCACCACCGCGCGACGCCGGGCGCGAGCGAGAACCCGGCGUACGACUUCCACGUGACGGUGUGGUUCCUGCGCGAGCACUGCGGGAAGUGGCUCACCAACACCUACGUGAAGCCCUUUGUGGUGCUGCUCUAUCUUGUCUAUGUGUCCUUCGCCAUGAUGGGAUGCCUGCAGGUACGAGAGGGCUGCGACCUGGGCCGCCUGCUGGCCACGGACUCGCGCACGCUCCGCUACCGCGCGCUGCAGCGCGAGUACUUCAGCAGCUACGGCCCGGCCAUCGGCUUUUACGUCUACGAGCCCCUCGACUACUGGAACGAGAGCGUGCAGGAGGGCCUGCGCGCCAUCACCGCCGGCUUCGUGCGCUCCUCCUGGCUCGAGAGCUUCCUUGCCUUCCUCGAGAAGUCCAACGGCACCGCGGCCGUGGGGCGCGAGGCGUUCGUGCGCGCCCUGCUGCGCUCCUUCUUCGCGGCGAGGCCCUUCGUGGGCUUCGCCGACGACCUCAUCCUCGCCACGAGCAACGGCUCGGUGGACAUCUCGGCAUCGCGCAUGUACCUGGCGGCCGGCCGGACGGCGCUCGCCCGCGAGGAGGUCUCGGGCCUGCUGGACACGCUGCGCCGGCGCUCGCUCGCCUCCGACGUCAAGUUCGUCAUCUUCAACCCGUCGUUCGUGUUCGUCGACCGCUGCGCCUCCUCCAUCGGCUACUCGGCGCUCACGCCGUGCGCGGGGGCCCUCGCCGCGCUGCUUCUCUCGGCGCCGCUCUCGGCCGAGCCGCUGGCCAACGCGUGGCUCUCGCUGUGCGCGCUCUCCGCCGGCUUCGGUGCUCUCGGCUACAUGACCCUGUGGGACGUGCGAGUCGACUUCGUGUCGGCCCUCUGCCUCGUCUUCGGCGUCAACUACGCGGUGGAGCACUGCGCGCCGCUCGUGGCCGCGUUCGCCGCGGGCCAGGAGCUCACGCGCACGCGCUGGAUACAGGUGGCCGUCGAGCUCAACGGCUCGCCCGUCCUGCAGAGCCUGGCCUGCUUCGCCGCGGCCCUCGCCCCGCUCUCGCUGGCGCCCUCCAACCUCACGUACACGCUGUUCCGCGGCCUGCUCGUGGCCGCGCUCGCCGUCGCGUUCCACGUGCUCGUCGUGCUGCCCGUCGUCCUCACCUUCUUCCCGCCGUCCAAGCGCAGGAGGAGGAGGCGGCGGGGGCUGACACUGCGCGCGCCGUUUAACGAGCGGGGACAGCUGCCGCUGGGCGGUCCCCCGUCGACGAGGCUGCAGCGGAAGGCGUUGGAGCGGUUGAGAUGA